GGGUGCGCAUGACUCGACACGCAUUUUAUAGGGCACAGUUGACGUUCAGUGUAGUGGAACGCCCUGCAUUGACACAGUGUUCAGUUCCCUUGCUAUUGUCAACCCUCAUUACUACGGUGGAAUCUUCACGGGCACCAGUGUAAUUUAGUGUGAACUACAAACCAGACGACGAAGCCUUCAUUGUCUACAGCUGCGGUACAUUGUGCUUGUCGAUGAAGGCAACUAUAAAACUUAACUCCGCAAAGACAUGUGUUGAACACUCUACGGACCGAAGUUCAACUUGAAAUUACUGUAAAAGGAUACCAAAAUGGCAUCAGCACGAUAGUAUGAGAUUUUUUCCUUGGUGAUAGUGCGGAGGAAUUUUGUGUUGGACUUGCACCUGCCAGACCAAUUUUUCUGGCCCUGGCAAAGUUUUCCUCCGGCAUGUCGAACAAAACUCUCCGGAAUACGCUGACUUGGUUCACUUUUGUCGUCGCUUCUGCCGUUGUGUUUGUCUUAGGAAUUUUUCAAGGAUGGAACCCCGACAGGCGGACAACGUAUUACGUUUACGACGGUUACGAUGCUGCGCCACCCACCACACCGCCCGUCCUGCUCGUCCGCCGCCGGGGAGGGGCGACGAGGGAGAACGGCGGUGGCGCUCGGCCGUUGCCGGUGGGCGGUAACAAAGUUCGUGAGCUUCACUCCAAAUCGCUAGAUCCCGGGUUCGCAUCCAGUGAUGGCGGGCCUUCUGAAUUCCGCAGUGAUUACGUAUUCAAUGAGACACGUGGACUUUCACCCCCAGGAUCCAUAAAUACCAGCGCGGGAAUUAUACGAGAGUUAAGCAAAAAAGUAAGAAAAUCAAAGAUCACCAGGUCCAUUCGGAAUCACACCUUGCAGUCCAUAUGCCGUGCCGAGGAAGUGAACGACGUGAGCAUGCUGGACCGCGGCCAGCGGGACCUACUGGCGCGUCAGAUCAUUGUGGACGACAAACGCAAGUUCCUUUACUGCUACGUGCCGAAGGUGGCGUGCUCUAACUGGAAGCGCGUCAUCAAGUUCAUGCAGGGUACCAUCGACGACAUUGGUACCAGGCUGAAGAUGGACCACAAGAACGGACUGGUGUUUUUGGACAGCUUUUCCGAGAAGGAGAUCAACUAUAGAAUUAAGAAUUACUACAAAUUCAUGUUCGUCCGCAAUCCAAUGGAGAGACUGUUAUCGGCGUACAGGAACAAAUUUGGAGAGGUGGCGCUCAGCCAAUACAAAGACAGAUACGCUCCUAGAAUUAUACACCGCUACAGGGGGGAAUGGGAUGGGAAAAGCAACAAUAUUACCUUAGAGGAGUUUAUAAGAUUUGUUAUUGAUUCCCGGACUAGGACCAUGGACCAGCAUUGGAAGCCCAUGCAUCUACUAUGUCAUCCAUGUGCCAUGCAGUAUGACUUUGUGGGCUCCUUUGAGCAGCUGAACGCAGAUGCGGACUUCGUGCUGGACAAGAUCAAGGGGGACACCGGAGCGUACUUCCCGCGUCGGCAGGACUGGUACAACCCGACAACCGAGGAGAAGAUGCAGAACCUCAUCAAGGACGUCGACCCCGUGUACAUUCAACAGUUCGUGGACAAGUUCAUAUUGGACUUCAUUACGUUUGGCUAUGCGCCUCCGAAGCAGUACUACUUAAAACAUAAUCAACCUGAGAACGAGUUUGAGGAGGAGGACCUCAUUGGUAACGAGAUUGAUAAUGAUGUGAUACCUAGAGGAAGCGAUCACUCAUAGCGAGGCAUCCUUUCGGGCCUUGAAUUCCACAAUUGAAAGGGCAAGGCCAUUUCACUUUGCAAAAGGCACUUCCAUUGGAAAAUCUUAAAUUCAAUGGGAAACUUUUGAAGGGACACUAAGGCCAAGACCAGGACAACAGAGGCUAUGACCUGAGUGGCCUGUGUGUAUAUUCCAGGUCUGCCCAAUCCAUUCAUGCGGAACAACAAGGAGGGCCCCUCUGGUCCCGGGAAGUUGUUUGGAAUUGACCAUGAAGCCGACGUGGAAGCACCGGGGCUUGUAGCAACGGUUGACGGGUCACUUCUGUGUCAGCUGUGGGGUUAAUCCACACGGAGCCUUAAUCUGCUGGUGACUUAAAAUAAUGGCGUCGUGUGGAUUAUGAUUGAGCGAUCCCUUCGCCGGUAACAAGUGCUGAACUUGGACGAUUGAAUUGAGACUCCGGAAAUUGGCAGUGUAACAUGUGACGUCACAGUCUUAGAGCCAGGAAUUCCUGCAGGCACGAUUUUGUAAACACACACAAUGGAAGAAAACUUUCAAAUCUUUCAUUUAAGGAGAGUGCACUGUACAAGCAUCAACAUUUUAAAUAAAGAAAGCGGGCACAUCGAUUAUCUAUUGCACAGUUGUGAUUUUAAUAACUUCUUGGAUUUCUGUGGAAAUUAUGAUACAACAUAAGAUAUCCCCAACUGACCACGUAGUAUCUUGCCUGCCAGGAAACGCCAUGGAAUGUACAAAGUCACUCUUUUUGUAAACUAAUGUUGACAUGGUCUAUAGUUUACGAGAGAAAACGGUAGAAUAUCUUCAAAUGGUAACAGAGAAUAUAAAUUCAGCCACUGCUGCCUUGACUUUUAAAAUGGCGUCGAAAGAGAUUUACUUCCAAGGCGUCUCUUGUACCAAAGACGAAGCAAACUGUUUAUUUCUGAUUUUGAUCAGGUGUUGUCCUGGCAGUUGUACCGUUAAAGUUUGAGGUUGAUCAAAUGGCAUAAACAGCGCCCUCUUGCUGCCUUCUAAUGACCCGGGUAACUUUUUUAUACUUCGUUGUAGCAUGGAGUAGUAAGAAUGUGUUGUUUUGUUUUGUUUGAACUUUGAUGAACUUUUGUUUUUGCUUUUUGUAGUUCGGUUUCGAGUUGCAUUUUCUCUUUUAUCGAUGGUACAGAAUGAUUUAGCAGUUAUGCAUUAAGUUGUAACAGUCACGUUGUGUGUUUCAGAAAGAGAUAUAUUUUUGCACCCUGAUAGUGUAUACAACCCUAAUGUGGGCUUGUGUUGAACCAGUCCACAAUGGGCCAUAGUACAACGUGCUGUAAUCUGUAGUAUGGCCCAAACAAGGGUGCAAACUCGUCUCUGGAAUUACACCCUACAAUAUACCCCUAUAGGGGUAUUCCGUACACACAGGGAAUCUUAUUUGGUCGCUAAUGUUCUCAUUUUUUAAAAACGUGUGUUGUCACUUCGACCGUAUAACUAUUCAAGACACAGUUCCAUUAGGCUGUGAAGAUCAGAUGUCGGCCCAAAGGCGAGGGUCAAAAUUGAAGAUUAUCUGAAACCUUAGUUUUGAAGAUCGUAUCAAAGGUUCAACAAGAUCUUUAAGUUUCAAACAGUUGGCAUUAGGUUGUGUGUCUUUCUUAGCCAACAUUUUGUUCUUAGUAUAAAUGGCCAAGUCGAAAACAGUAUUUCCCCUGCGGUAUGUAGGCAGGACUGCAUCCGUCUCUGAAGUAGUUUUAAAGGUUCAAACGGAAGCACAUGAUGGGUUAAUGACCUGCUUUUAGAAUAGAAGAAAGGAGUAAGGGGAACUUAAAGAUCACCCGUGUUAAAAGGGGUGUUUUAUGAUAAGGAGAUUUUUCUCCCAGUAUUAAAGUUACAAAUAUUAUUGUAACGGUUGUCCACUUUUUCGAACAAAAGUUAUCGAGGGGGCUUUCUUUGGCUGUGUACGCUUUGUGCACAGCAACUUUUGAUCCGAAUUUUGAUCUAUCAUCUAGAUAAGGCAAUUGAUUCAGAAUAAUGUUCACGGUUGCUAAUUUAUUCUUUGAGCUCUAACUUUGAUACUAAUACCUCAUGUACUGAAGAAUUUUGCUGUGUGAAACACUAUUAAUCGUGUCAAGGCGUUAAAUGAAAAUGUCAUUAGAAAUCCGUUCUUAUAAGAAGUUUCGAUGUGCCUAACCGAAACUAGCCUGAUUAAACCGUGUGCCUUCAUCAUUCAAAAUGAAAACCUCGUUUGGUUUAUUUUGUCUUGAGAACUCGGCCGACCAAGUCGAUGAACAAUUUCCAUAGUUUGUACUACUUGUACUGUAGCCAUGUGUUUAAUAGUUGAUGAAUGCUAUUCACAUGAGUUGUUAAUUAUUUUGUACUUGGGUAUAAGAUACUUGAAUUUUUCCCAACUGCUAUGGUUCACAUAAAAAAAACCAUACUUCAUAGAGCUGCCGCUAAGCACAAAAACGCAAAUCCAAUAUUUGAGUUAUCAGAUUAAGGUUAUACCAGCUAAAAUCGUAUACUAACUGUACCAACUAUGCCUGGUAUCCUGUUUAUUUUCGCCUUGAAAGUUUUAGAAAAUUGCCACACAAUGUGUUCACAAUAUUUUCUGCUUUAACAGCUGCAUGAAAUUGGAGUAAGCUCGUCCCUUCGUUACUUUCAAGUAUUAUUUCGUGGGUUGGGAUUUCUAUCAUCGACCCCCUUGUUUGAGGUAGUUUAUCAUUCAACGCUUUAAGUAGGUGACCCCCUUCUGUCGACAUGUAUGACUGAUCUAACCCCCUUGGUGAGGGAGGGGUGAUUCAU